AUGUCGUCUCGCUCAUCACACUAUAGCGCGAAGUCGCUCUCCUCCUCAGCGGGGGAGUCGAUGGUAACGAGCCACAGCACUGUGUCCUCGAGCCGUCACCGUCGCACCGGCGCUGUCUGCAUCCAUGAGCCACGCGCCCCACCCAUGAAGAUGACGGCAAUGGAGCGCCUGCAACACAUCCGCAACUCCAUUACUCGGCUGAAGUAUAUUUGUGAGCGGCAGUAUCACACCGCAGCGCUUGAUCAGGCGUCCGAGGUGUCCGUCACGUCGUUCUUUGAGCGACUCCGCAAGAAACUGUCGAGGCUCGAGUUCAGCCGUAGCCACAUCGGCACCCCAGAGACCGGCGGCCCGCAGCAGCUGAAGUACAUUGCGAAGGAGGCGAGGCAGCUCAUGAACACCGUGCAGGAGGUGGUGCGCGACACGGCGAACACUUCCGCGACGGCGACAUGCAUUUACGAGGGCAUGCAGCAUCAUCACAUGCAAGAGGCCAUGGUGGAGCUGGAGGAGCUGUCCGCGCUCCUGGCAGAGCGCCCCAACGAGCAGCUGAGUCGCGUUAACGUCGAUCUUCUGGCGGACCUCGUUGCUUUUCAUAUCGACGAGUUCGACGCCUUCAUGACGCUGCGUGUCGAGGCAUUUGUGAGGGAGAUGCAGAGUGAAGGCGCCUUCUACACCGGCCCCGUCAUGACGGAUGCGUCUCAGAAGGCUACGCCAAUCGGUGUGUGUUCGGCGGUGCUGCUAGACGUUGCGGUCGGCGUGCGGCCAGCGCGGUCGGCUCGCAUCGUGCUUGAGCAUGCGCGGCAUCAGAUCACCAAAGUCGAGAACCGUCUGCACGCUGCAGACAUCGCGCUGCAGGAGUGCCAGUUGGUGGGCGAGGUUGCUGCAGAGGGUCAGCAAAGGCAGCAGGCAGAGGUGCAGCGUCGCGAGUUCACGAUCAUGAAGGGGCGGAUCAGCCACGCCCUGCGCCAGCUGGAUCGUGUUCAGCAAGCAUGGCUGGAAGAGGAACAGAGCAUCUUCACUCGUGCCGCCUCCGGUAGCCACGAUCUUGCGGCGCUGAUGCAGACAAAGCGCCUGCGCGAGGCGGAGGCGAUUGAGGAGGUGCAGCGGCUGCACGACCAGACGAUCCAUGCUUGCCUGCCCUUCGCCACCCCGCAGUAUCACCGCCGCUACGGUGAGACGUACGGCCAGCCGUGCCACGUCCGCCUCGGCUUCCACUUCUUGCCAGAUGUGAACACGGCAGCCGAGGUGGCCGCCGCUGCUGGAUCGACCAGUGCCGCGGCGCCGUCGUCGCUGAUGCUGCGCACCCUUUCCACGGAGUACUUUGCGCUGAUGCGCCAGCUGCGCGUUGCUCCUGCCGACUACGACACCUACGACUACCUUGUGCCGAGCAAGGAGCAGUUCUGGGUGAACUUCGCGAGCUUCCCGGAGAUGGUGAAAGGGGCUCGCUGCGCACUUCGCAACGUCGACGCUCGCCUCGACCACUUCCGCGCACUGGAGGAGCAGAAAGAGGUGGGCGGCUACUUCAUCAUGAACGGCGGCGAGCGCAUUCUGCGCGCGUUGCUCAUGCAGCGUUGCAACGUGCCGAUCAACAUCUACCGCGAGAAGUUCGUCACGCAGGGCCCGCACUUUUCCGCCAAGGCUGUCGUCAUUCGCUGCAAGCGGCCAAGCGGACUGACAGCGCAGAACUACUUCUACUACACAACGCAGGGCGAGGUGAUCUUCUCGUUCGCGCGCAAGGUGGUAUGGCAUCUACCGGCGCCGCUACUGCUGAGCGCAAUGAGUACGCAGAGCGUGUCGGCGGUGGAGCUUCAGCGGCUGCUGACGAUCGGCAUGCCAGAUGGCAACCACGUCGCCCGUGUCGAGGCACUCCUCCAGCACCACCGCCGCAAGCCCUACGGUGAUCUGCGGCACUUUAUCGACUACAUCACAGUUCUCGGCCGCAUGUACCGCGAGUACCACCAGAACUCAUCUGCGUUUCACUUUCUGCCGCUGUACGCGAAGGGUGCGACGUGCCAGCACGACGCGUGGUACGGUAUGUUCAUGCUGCGACGCCACGUCCUGCCGCACUUGAACAGCUGUGAUGUGGCCACGCCGGAUCUUGCCCCUGACGCCACUGCGCAGAAGCUGUUAGCGUGGCUGUCGCCCGCUCUUCUCGCCGAGCUGGACCGCAAGUUUGACGUGAUGAUUGCCAUCACUCGGCAGCUGUACCUCUUCAUUGACGGCGCUGUCGAGCAUCAGGGCAACGACGUCCCGGCGUACCAGGAGCUCUUCACCGUUUCGCAGGUGCUCAUUGGUGCCUUCGAGGUGUGCCUGAACCGGUACAUGCGCGGCUUUGUCUACCGCCUCGCACGGCACCUGCCUGCGGCGCUCUUUCGCCGCAUCCUCACCCUGCGCACUCUGCCCCCCGUCGACGCCGGGGACACCAUGCGGCAGGUGCGUCAGUUUGCGGAGUUUUGUGGCCGGCACGGUGGCAGCGACCCGCUCGAUCAGCUUGCCCGUCUGCUCGUGACGGGCAACAUGAACCUCAACCGCGAGGAGGACUUUUACUGCCCGCAGACGUCUGGGUGGGUGGUUAUGGCCGAGCACCUGAACUUCUACCGCUUCUUUGAGCAGCUUCGCUGCGUGCACCGUGGCAAGACGAUCGCCGACAUGCGUUCGAGCGAGGUGCGCAAGUACCCGUGUGAAGCGUACGGCUUUAUCUGCAUGGUGCAAAGCCCCGACGGCGAGGACUGUGGCGUGCUGAACCACCUGAGUCUGUCGACCAUCUCGUCGAACUCACCGGAUGCGGCCAUGACAGCGCAGCUGCGGGAGAUAGUGCGCAAGGCGGUGCCGGGCGUGCGCAGUCGCGCGACGCACAGCACAGUGGUGGAUCAGCUUUGUGAGACGGUGCCGGUGUGGAUGGAAGGCGAGCUGCUUGGGUACCUCAGCCCGGCAGACGCGGCGGAGGCCGCGACAACGCUGCGCCAGCUCAAGGCGCUCACGCUGCGCUCGCAGGUGCACGUGACCGGCAUCGUACGCCGCAAGGAUGCGUCGCCUCUGCAGACGCUGGAGGUGGUGUACGUGGCACCGAAGAACAAGGACCCGGCGGGCCUGUACGUUUUCUAUGACUGCGGACGACUCAUGCGUCCCGUGCAGCGGCUCGAAUCGUCGGUGCGCAAGGACGCGACCCACCUCCCUUUCCCGCUCAUGUUCAUUGGCACCUGGGAGCAGAGCUGGCUGGAUAUCGCCGCCGUCCCGAGCGACCCCCUCGACGCCGUCAUGCAGCUGAACCGCAAGUAUGAGUACAUGGAGCAGAACGGCACCAACCUCAUCUCCCUCACCUCAGCGACGAUCCCCUUCUUCGAGCACAACUGCUCGCCGCGCAACCUGUUCCAGUGCGGCCUCAGCAAGCAAUCUUCUGGCACACAGCUGCAGGCGCUGGCGUGGCGCAAGGAGGCAAAGCUGUUCCGCACCUAUUGCCCGCAGCGCUACAUCAGCCGCACCCUCCCCAUGGACUACUACGGCCUCGACGACGUGAACCUCGGUGUCAACGCCGUGAUUGCCGUUCUCGCCUACACCGGCUACGACAUGGACGACGCCGUCAUCAUCAACAGCACCGCUGCCCAGCGCGGUAUGCUGACGGCCGGUGUCACGGUCGCCAAGAUUGUGACGGCAUCCGGCAAGGGCUCCGACAAGGACGACGUCUUCGUGUUCCACAACCUGCUCUCCACGGGCGAGCGAUUCACGGCCGAGCUGGAGGCAAACGGGCUGCCGCCGAAGCGCGCGAACGCGAGCCUGGACGCGUUCUCCUUCGAUCGAGAUCACAAAUACCCUGGACUGCGAGACAACAACGACGUGUACUGCUGCGCCAAGCGGGUGGAGCGAGUGGACCCGUUCACGAACAAGUCUGUCUACGAGUACACGCGUCACCACGCCACCAAGUGGCGCCACUUCGACAAGGGCGAAGAUGCGUGGGUCCAGCAGGUGAUUCCGCUCGUGUACAGCGGGCCAGACCCGACAUCGGUGCUCAUGAUCUUUCGCAUCCCGCGUCCACCGACCGUGGGCGACAAGUUCUCGUCCCGCCACGGCCAGAAGGGUACGUUGCCGCUGCACAUCCGCUCUCACGACCUGCCUUUCGCCACGGCUAGCGGAAUAACGCCGGACGUCAUCAUCAACCCCCACGCCUUUCCGUCGCGCAUGACGGUCGGUAUGGUGCUGGAGAUCAUGACCGCCAAGGUCGGUGCCAUCGAGGGCCGCUUCAUCGAUCACAGUGCGUGGUCGACGGUAGACGAGCAGCCGCGAGUGGCGGAGUUGAUUGGCGAAGCGCUGGUCAAGGCAGGGUACAACCGCUACGGCCGCGAGCACCUGAUCGACGGAAUCAGCGGUGAAGAGAUGAAGGCGGACGUGUUCAUGGGCAUCUGCGGGUAUCAGCGUCUGCGGCACAUGGUUAGCGACAAGUGGCAGGCGCGGGCGCGUACGGACGCGCACACGUACCGGGCGGUAACCAAGACGGGGCAGCCGGUGAAGGGCCGCAAGCGCCACGGCGGCGUACGGGUUGGGGAGAUGGAGCGGGACGGCUUGCUAUCGCACGGCAUUAGUGAAGUGGUUGUUGACCGUCUCCUUCACGUGUCAGACAAGACAAAGGCAUUCAUCUGCCCGCGGUGCGGUAGCUUGCUCUCCCUGUACGAGCGGCAUGCCACUGAGUACGGUACAUGGCGCACCUGCCGCUUCUGCGGCGCCGGCGCAGACGAGAGCACCGACUCGAUAGCUAUGGUGGAGAUCCCACAAGUGCUGCGGCUGUGGGCGGCGGAGCUGACGAGCAUUGGCAUCCGCGUCGUGCUCAAGACGUCGGAGCUGUCCGACUUUAUAUGA